AUGUACCUCCGAUUCGCAAAGGAGCCCACUGCGACCAGGACCGCCACGAUCGUCAUGUGUGGCAGUUUCUCCCCUGAAGACAUCACCAUGCCUGAUUGCAUCGCUGACGCCAAGGACUCUGUCUUGUGCGCGAGGAUGAUCGACCGGCGUGGCGAGCAGGACCCGUCCCUACUGCUCGACCUCGUCUUCGAGCCCUUCUUCGCCACAUCGCCGGGACACGGGAGGAGAGCUAGCCAUCCUUCACCACCGCCUCCGCUGCAGCUGUGA